GGCCUUCACUUUAACAGCACUUACAAUGCAAGAGUCAAGGCCUUUAACUCAACAGGGCUUGGUCCUUAUAGUAAGACAGUAGUUUUGCAGACAUCUGAUGUGGCAUUUUUCACAUUUGACUCGAAUACUGCACAUCGGGAUAUUGUACUGUCCAAUGACAACAUGACAGCCUCUUGUAGCAGUUAUGAUGACAGGGUUGUUUUGGGUACAGCUGCAUUUUCCAAAGGAGUCCAUUAUUGGGAGGUACAAGUUGACAGAUAUGACAACCAUCCUGAUCCAGCAUUUGGUGUUGCCAGAAUUAAUGUGGUAAAAGAUAUGAUGCUUGGAAAAGAUGACAAGGCCUGGGCUAUGUAUGUAGAUAAUAAUCGAAGCUGGUUUAUGCACUGCAACUCUCAUACUAAUCGAACAGAAGGAGGUGUAAGCAAGGGAACCACGGUUGGCAUACUCCUUGAUCUUAACAAACACAUACUAAUAUUUCAUAUUAAUGGCAAGCAACAAGGACCCAUAGCCUUUGAGAACAUUGAUGGUGUGUUUAUGCCAGCAAUAAGUCUCAACCGAAAUGUACAAGUAAGUCAUGACAAAACCUUCCAUGUAACAAUCUAUCUCUACGCCAAAAGUUCCAAAACCCUACUUAAUCUAGGCUAG